UGCUAAAUUAGCGAUACUUUAAUUUUAGUAGGUAUUUGGAUAGGAGGUAAAGGGGGCGAGAAGGGGGAGAGAGAGAGAGCGAGAGAGAGAGAGAGAGAUGGCGAAAUUCUCGUUAGUGGGUGAUGAAGAAGAUGGGGAAGGACCCAGUGAUGCGCGACGCAAGAGACAGAGGACCUCGUUUGCAUCUGCAUCUGCAUCUACCUCUACCUCCAAUGGAGUCGGAAUCACCUUUGAAGAGAACCAACCACCUCCUCAACCCUUGCCUUUAACUGUUGACCAACACGAACAAGAAGAGGAAGCGGAAAGCGAAGAAGAAGAAGAAGAAGAAGAACAACAACAACUGGAAGAAGAAGAAGGUGCGUAUGGUGAACAAGAGGCAGAAGAACGAGAUCCAGAAGAGGAAAUUGAAGAGAUUGAUCAAGUACCCUUUUCCACACUCAGAGUCGUUACGCGAAGCAGAUCUUCCUCUAAAUCCAUUGGAUUAUCUUCAGCUGCUGACCAGGAAGGCUCCAUUUCCGUAAAAUUGACCGACCCAGAUGUCCUUGAUUGCUCUAUUUGCUACGAGCCUUUGGCAAUUCCUGUCUUCCAGCUGAUGUUGGGCAUGAGUUAUGCUAUGGCUGCUCAUGGGCUACCUGACAAGUUUGUUGUGUGGCAACCCAUGGACCACUGUAGCAGGUUUAUGCAUGCUGAAUAUUGUGAGAAUGGACAUGUGGCUUGCUCUUCUUGCUGCGGCAAGAUUGAACAUAAAUGCCCUUCCUGCUCAUGGCCUAUUGGCUAUAAUCGUUGCCGAGCUAUAGAAAAGGUUUUGGAAGCUGUUAGAAUAUCAUGCUCAAACACAAAAUAUGGUUGCAAAGAAUUAGUGAGGUACAGUGAUAAAAAAAGCCAUGAGAGUACAUGCAUACACUCGCCUUGUUCAUGCCCCCAUCCGGGUUGCAAUGUUGUCUCCUCAGCUGGGAACUUAUACCAGCACUUUCGCUGUAAACAUUUGGAUUGUGCUGUACGCUUCCAGUACAACCGCACUUUUAAUGUGGCAUUAGAUGCUAAUGAGAGAUUUCAGAUUCUUCAAGAACAGGAUGAGGGUGUCAUUUUCUUACUUAACAAUAGCUCUGAACUUCUUGGGAAUUUAUUGACGGUUAGUUGUAUAUGGAACCGCUCAUUCAGUGGGUUCUUCUAUGAUAUUGUUGCAAAAAGCCAGGGAAACUCUCUUCGAUUACAAUCUUUCACAGAAUGUACUAAGAGACGUUCAAAUAGCAUCCUGGUUACAACAGGGUUCCUUCUUGUACCUCAAAAUUUUCGCAAUUCUAGCAAUGAGCUAAAGUUGGAACUCUGCAUAUGGAGUAAAGAUUCAUUUCCUACAAACUUCUAAGGAAGUAUCAAUGUUCUUUAACUUAUCUCAGUAAUAUCUAUGGUUAGAAUUAUACAGGAAUGUGGCAUCAAAUUUUUAUUAUCUAUUAUGUUUAUGAUUAGAGCAUUUAUAUUUGUAAGUA